AUGACCUCCACCAGCGCCGGCUGGGCACAGCUGCGGCAGCAAGCUCGAUCCCUCGAGACUCAGACAGAGCAGCUUUUCCAUACAUAUGCGCAAUUCAGCUCUCUCGCUAAACCACCGCAAUCUCCCACGGAAGAGGAGCUAAGGCUUGAGUCGCAGUUGAAGGACCUCCUCGAACGGCGCGAAGCACUCAUCUCCCAACUGUCCCGUCUCCUUGACUCCGAAGCUACCUUGACCUCGUCCGCCCUGAAACAGAACAAUCUCGCUCGGCAUCGUGAAAUCCUGGCCGAUCACCGCCGAGAGCUCAAUCGGUUGACGUCCGCUAUCGCUGAAGCUCGCGAUCGUGCAAACCUACUCUCCAAUGUCCGCUCCGAUAUUGAUGCAUAUCGUGCGAGUAAUCCUGGCGCCGAAGAGGCCGACUACAUGCUCGAGGAACGCGCGCGAGUCGAGAACAGCCACAACAUGAUUGAUGGCGUGUUGAGCCAGGCAUACGCUAUCAACGAGAACUUUGGUAUACAGCGCGAGACACUUGCAAGCAUCAACCGGCGCAUCGUGGGCGCUGCGAGCAAAGUGCCCGGAAUGAACUAUUUGAUCGGGAAAAUUGGCACCAAAAAACGGCGAGACGCCAUCAUCCUGGGCUGCUUUAUCGGCUUUUGUUUCCUCAUGCUGCUCUACUUCAGGUGA